AUGAACAAUUUGAAGAAGCGCCGCGAGUCAGUGGCGACGGUUUGUAGGAAAACGACGAAGUUUCUCACUUCCAAUACAGCCAAUCUCCUGAAGAAAGUGCCGAACACGAGAAAGUAUCGUUUGUUGGCAAAAUUAGUAGAGGAGAACGAAAAUAACGAAGAUCGAGAAGAUAGUAAAUACGAAGAUAGUAGAGAAGAUGACGGGGAGGAAGACCUAGGCGAAAGAGAGUUGGAUUACUACUUGGGCGUGAGAAAGAAAGAGACUUAUUGGCGUGAUCUCGCGGGAAGGGAGCAGAUAAGAAGGGAUUACCUGAUUUACCACUGCGGCAUUUCUGAAGAGAAUUACGACAAGUUGUACAAAAGAACUACUACGAGAAAGGUAUCUUUUAAGCAGCCAAAGCUGAAGCAAGUGCCGUUCAAGAUCACAAGGAAGAAACACAGGAGGAACGUCAGCUUCGAAGGGGAGUCGUGGCGAGAGAAGGCGGGGAUAUUCAAGCUGUUUAACAGGCGGGAUAGCGACACAACUUCGGACAGUUACAGCGAAUGCGAUAGCGGUGAUGAAUGCAGAGAGGAUGAUGAAGCAAUCCACAAAGAACUGUUGAAGAGUGAUGAAGAAAAUACUUGGGAGUUCGAGAAUUUCAAUGACUUUACAUCUAUAGAGACUUUCAUCGAGGGGGUUCGAAUAAAGGAGGUGUCCGAAGGCAGGCCUUGCGAUAACUGCCCGGAAUUGUGCCCGGGAUUUAUCUCGCAUCCAUGGAGCAAUGGAGCGCUUCAAAAGCGGUACCUCAUAUUUGAAUAUAGUUUCAUCGUUAAAACGUGUGUCUGCACUAUGUACUACACAACUACUUUAGCG